UCCUCAAAAAGCUGUAUUGUUUUGUUUUUCUUCAUCUAUAUUUCCUCGUCGUGGUUCAAUUUAGCCAUUACGAGCUCACGCAUAUCUUUCCUACCUCGCCUGCGACGUUCUCCCAUCGCCCGCGAAGUCUCUUGUGCUGCGAGGUCUGGUAGCCUGACAUGAGCUUAGCUACCUUCAACGACCCAACGCGCGAAGAGCUCCAACUACUGGCCUCGACGGUGACAGAGGAACCAACCACUUCCCUCUAUGACACCAUCCACAACUCCCUUGUCCUAAGCCACGUUAUUCCCUACUUGUCCAUCUCGAGCAUCUUAAGCCUAGCUGCCACGAACCGAGCUUUCCGAGCCCUCCUCUUUGGCACCCCGGGAGUGUUUCGCCAUCUUGAUCUUACUCACAUCAAGGCUCUCAAGUUUGAGAUUGACAAGAUCGACCAUGGAGGCGAGGUCUGGCGCAAUGUCCAACUAGAUGAAAACGUCACUGAAGAUGACUUCUACUCUGGCCCGCUGAGGGGCAUCUUGUCGACCCUUAGACGACAGCACAUUCUGGAAAAUGUCCAGACUCUAGUUCUCGACGGGCUUUCCGUGACUUCGGAACUCUGCCAUGAGAUUAUCAACGAUGCGGCCUUCAAUGUCCGCGUUUUAUCUAUCCGGGAUGUCAAGAACCUGAACCAGGCCAAACUUCGCCAGGCACUGCAGUAUGCUUGUCGUUCAACUCGGCGAGCAGGCUCUCCCAAGCUCAAGGCGCUCUACGUCUUCGGUUCAAAGGACGUCUUGGCUGCGGCGAAGCCGUCCGGCCCAUCCGCAUCGUCUAUUAGCACGGAGUGGAAUAAGAAGAGCCAAACUGCUCUGGCAUCUUCUUUGAAGCAGGAGGGAGACGCUUGGUGGUCCAAGAAAGGCCGCAUCAUCCCUCGACCUGUCAGUCAGGAGUGGGCCAACUGCAUGCUUGCUUGUCGAGGCAUCAUCGCCUUCGAUGCUGUGCUUUGCCAAGGCCCGCGCCAUCGCAACUCGCCCGUCUUUAAGGGCGGAUCCGAUGCUGACAGCGCUCCCGCCGUGGCUACAUAUGCCCUGUCAGGCUGUGAGAAUUGCCACAAAGCCCCCGAAGGCUUCACUUAUCCGAACGGUAUUAGCCCAGAUGCCAGCUUGCCGCUGCUGGCUCCGUUGCCUCUUCUCUCUUCAUCCUUUCGGGCGGCAACUACGCCCAAAGACCAAGAGACUUCAUUUGUGCCCAGAUGUAUGGAUUGCAUCCGCGAGCGGUACUGCACAUGCUGCAAUAAAUGGUGGUGUGAAUCAUGCUAUGAGUUUCCCGGCCAGAUUUCAGGAGGCCAUUAUGCAACACAAAUCGCCAUCGUUGACGACGAUACGGUCAAUGACUUUGGCGAUUUGGAUCUUGAAGCUCCGACUAUGAAAGUCAAGCCACGAGUAUCUAAGAGCUGCUGGGAAUGCGGCAACAACUGCGAUGACUGCAUUUAUCGUACCCAGCGAGUAUGCAAGAAAUGCUGCGCUGGCUAUUGUACCACACACAACGAAGGAUGUUCAAUGAACCACUGCGACUGGUGUGUGUCUCGAGGCCGAGGCCUAGGUCGUCUUUGAUCGACAAAGAAUCUCUUCUUCCUCUAAUUUGUCCCACCAAUGAAUGGAACCUCUCCCCUUGAACAGUUCGGGCAUAAAACUCCCAACUCAUGACGGCGUAUGGAGUAUGAUGAGCGAAUCUCCUUUCAACUUUGCAUCAAGCCACCUUCAUCCACACUCAAUCUAGCUCGAUAAUACCCAGUGAUAAGCGCGAUGCAUAUAAACUAGAGGAUGCCGAAACACCGAAGCAUGCCGAGAAGUGCGAAGUACGAGCUGUAUCGAAAGUUUUUUUCUCUUUUUUUUUUAAGCGCGAUAGACGUAAUUGAUACUCCGCUUUGAGUGAUUUGAUGGGGAAAUCAGCCAGAUGAGACCUGACUGGAUGGCUUGUUAUUUGAGUAUACUUAGCCUAGGCUCUGAAAUCAAAUCAAUUGACUGACUGUAGCCUCUCCCCGCAAACCCCUCUCUUCUCGUUGCAUAAGU